AUGACUGCUGUUGGUGGCGUUGCGAUGCGAAGGGGAGGAAGUGCCGGAUCCGGAGCUGGGAGGACUACAUCCGCGUUAGCAGGACGCUCGAAGGACAGUCCGAGUCUGCGUGGCGCAGAGGUAGUGAUACCCGCGCAUCGAAGCCAACUCUUCAAGCGCCCGCCGCGUUUCCAGCAGAAGAAACCGCGAGAGCUUUCGACGUUUGAGGAGGGAGACGGAACGCAAGAGAUUGAUGAUUCAGGCUCACAUGAGACAAGUCUACCUUUUGCAACUUCAGUCAGGACUAAACCAAGCAUUAACAAGUACGCGCAAGACUCACGCUUCCGAGCCAGUAGCAGCAAGGAGCAAAAGGUUCUGCAACCUGCCCGCGCAAGGAAUGCUCCGCCUAUCAGACAAACGUCUAUGGACGUACAGUCGAUUGCGACCACAGAGACGGCGUCGUCGAUGACUAGCUCUGGCGGACCUCCUUCAGCCGCAAAGAGCCCCAUGAGCCCAGCCUCAGACCAUCGCGCUGCGCUAGGCCGACUCGGUAGUCCACGACGCGGAGGACUACGAUCCAGAAAGGAAGGUAGUGAAGGCACGCCGAGUAUGGGCAGCAGCUUCAGCGACAUUGAUGAUGCAGGUAUCACUCACAUAGGUCUAGUUGCCGACGCGAUGGCUUCUCGCUCGUUAAAGCCCGUCGCAAUGCCGCCGCCACCCAUCAUCCUAGUGACAGACCACUCCACAACACCCGCAAUAGCCACACGCUACACAUUCGGCCGCAACGACAUCGACUUUUCCAUCGCCUACAGGCGCAUCAAAUCCCUCCUCAUCCACCCGCCAUGUCCGCACCACCCCCAAUACCUCUGGCCCUGCGACGACUGCGAGUCCGCCUUCACCACAAAAUACUGGAUAUGCGCCGCCACCCUCCUCGACUACUUCGCCGACUUCCACCCCAUCGACACCCCACUUAUGCAAUCCAUCUGGUUCUACCUACUGGAUAUCUGGCAAGAAAGCGCGCACAUCCUGCCCUACGAAACCGUGCUUGACGAAACCAUCGAACACAGCGCCGCGCUCAUCGGCGUGGCGCGCGCCAGAGACUUUGAGAAAGCAGUCCGCGACACCAUUACUUUGUUCGAAGUCACGAUCUGGGGCCGGAGGACAGAGGCGGAUUCAUGGGACCAGGUCAUCUAUGAUCCAAGAGGUGAGGCUAUGUGUCCUGUGGGAGAGUACGACACAGGUCCCUGGGUUAGUGGAGUGAAGCCUUGGAAUCAGUUUUUAGGGGAUGGAGGAAUGGGUGUUGCGACGCCGUGGUCUGCUGCUGCUUCAAUUCCAACGGCACAAGAACCUGGAAACGGAGAGGGAGAUGGAGGUAUCAAUGGGGAAGAAGAGAAAACAACAACACGCUACAUGCCCCACCCCGCCAUCGCCCUAAUAGACGGCCACACCGCACGCUCCCGCCUCCUCGCCAAUUCCUUCUACGCAAAACAAAAGCUCACUCCGCCCCAAUACAACGCCGCCCUCGCAGACUACGAAGCACACACCGUCGUCCUGCCUUCCAAGCGCGGCGAGCCCCACACGUACACUUCACGCUUCACGGGCCGUGAAACUACAUACACGUUAUCCAACGGCGCGCCGCCGAUCAUGCGCUACGAGGGGCUCGGCGACCCGCAGUUGGAACUCGCGGUCCCGGAUGGAGAUUGGAAUUUGAUGGAUGAGUGUGUGGCUAGUUGUAGGGGGGUUACGGCGUAUGUGGGUGUUAGUGGUGGGGAUGAAGAUGAGGAGGAUGAGGAUAUGGUGAAUAGUGAGGAUGAGUUGGUGCCGUUUGAUUUGUGGACUGUCGUUGAGAAGGGGAUUGGAGGAGGGGGACGUGGCGAGGUGUUGGAUUUGGGAGGCACUGGGGGCAUGUUUGAGACUUGGUGGGAGGGAGAAUGA